UAUCACUACUAUCUUGGAGCAAAUUAAAACAUGGCUAACAUGAUUUCCUUUCUUGCUUCUCUACUAAUUAUCCUUGCAAUAUUCACCCGUGAAAUCCAUGCAGUAGAUUACGCCGUUACCAACACGGCUGCAAACACCCCCGGCGGUGCCCGUUUCAACCGAGAUAUCGGUGCCCAAUAUAGCAAACAAACACUCGCAGCUUCCACUUCUUUCAUAUGGAAAAUCUUCCAACAGAACUCUCCGGCUGACCGCAAAAACGUUCGAAAGGUAAGUAUGUUCGUCGAUGACAUGGGCGGAGUAGCUUACGCUAGCAACAAUGAGAUUCAUGUUAGUGCCAGGUAUAUUCAGAGUUACUCUGGUAAUGUCAAGAGAGAGAUGACCGGAGUAUUGUACCACGAGAGCACCCACAUUUGGCAAUGGAACGGGAACGGUCAGGCUCCCGGUGGAUUAAUUGAAGGUAUUGCUGAUUAUGUGAGGCUCAAAGCUGGUUUUGCACCUAGUCACUGGGUGAAACCAGGGCAGGGCGAUCGAUGGGAUCAGGGCUACGACGUGACUGCUCGAUUUCUUGAUUACUGCAACAGCUUGAGAAAUGGGUUUGUGGCACAACUUAACAAAAAGAUGAGAAAUGGCUAUAGUAAUCAGUUCUUUGUUGACUUGUUGGGGAAGACGGUUGAUCAACUUUGGAGGGAUUACAAAGCUAAAUUUCGUGCAUAGUGUAACGUUGUCUGAGAUAGUUAACCUUUGUUGAAUAAAUAAUACUAUAAUAAGAAUAAGUACAAGGGGCUAACAACAAGUCGUUAUCUUACUCAUGUGACUAAUUUAUAAUGCAAUAUAUAUGUACCUUGCAUGUUUAUCAAAUAAAAUAAGAGUUCAAUAUA